GGACUUCUGUGCGUGGCGGGGCGGGAUCCUGAGCUGGCUGCGUGUUUUCCUCCAGGAUCCUGAUACGUGGCUGUUUGGGAAAGCCUCCCUGACCGGGAGUAACUCGUGCGGAUCCCCGCAGCAGCAGCAGCAGCCGCAGCCGCAGCUGGAGUCCGCAGCCCGCCUUCAUCAAGCCGGCCUGGAUGGCAGCGACACACCGGUGCACACACUCCCGACUCCACCAGGCACGUAGCCCCCUCUCCCCUCUCCCUGCUCGGUCGUGCCGCGGCUCCGCUCCCCGGCGUGUCUGCGCGGUGUCCGCACAUUACCGGCUGCACAUGCUUUCUGGACCGUGGGACAGAUGAGAGGUGGAAGCGGUCGGAGGCCCAGCUGGGCUGUCGCUGCUCUGUUUAUCCCCGUUACCCUGCUGAUGCUGACCUCCCAGAGGGCCUCAAGCCAGAAAAUGACACAAACGGCGAUGGCUCACGCCACGGCCACGGCUGCAGGGCCUGGCCCCGGCCUGACACUCGACCUCCCGGGCCUCCAGGCGGCGGCGGAGUUCUUAGCCAGUGAACAAGCUCAUGUGUGGCUCCUGUCCCUUGUGGGCUCCGUCGCUGUGGGCCUCAGUGGGAUUCUCCCUCUGCUUGUCAUCCCCAUUGAAGCCGGAGCAGCCCUCAAAACAGAAGCUGGAUGCCAGAAACUGAAGCAGCUCUUAAGCUUUGCUAUUGGUGGUCUCCUUGGUGAUGUAUUCCUCCACCUCCUUCCCGAGGCGUGGGCGCUCUCCGGCUCCUCAGCUGGUAAACAGAAGCACUACAUGGCCCCGGGCCUGUGGGUAAUCAUCGGCCUGCUGGCCUUCCUCCUCCUGGAGAAGAUGUUUCCAGACCAGGACAGCCUGGAGGAUCCCACCUCGGAUUCAGACCUGAAUUUCAACUCUGCUAGGCAGACUAAUUCGGUCUACAGCGGAAAGGCAGUGGUGUCGCUUAAAAACGGAAGCCAUGCCGAGUCAUGGAAAUCCUCCAAGCAGCAGAGUCUGCCGGAAAGAUCAGAGAAAAUCAAGACAAGUGGAUACCUGAACCUGCUGGCCAACUGCAUUGACAACUUCACCCACGGCCUGGCUGUGGCAGGGAGCUUCUUGGUGAGCAAAAAGGUCGGGUUUCUCACCACUUUUGCAAUCCUGCUCCAUGAAAUCCCUCACGAGGUGGGAGACUUCGCCAUCCUGCUGAGGGCGGGGUUCGAUCGAUGGAGCGCCGCUCGCAUGCAGCUGUCCACAGCGCUGGUUGGCGUCCUGGGAGCUUUCUUCGCUUUAUGUGCGCAGUCACCAAAAAGCACAGAGAACGCCAGCACCUGGAUCCUGCCUUUCACUUCUGGAGGUUUCCUCUACAUCGCCCUGGUGAAUGUGGUGCCCGACCUGCUGGAGGAGUCCAGUUUAAGACACUCUCUGCAGCAGAUACUGCUCAUUUUCUGUGGUGUGGCCAUCAUGGCUCUGCUCUCCGCUGUUACCGAGUGACUGCGGAGGAAAACGGCCUCACUUUGCCUUACAAAUAAGACUGAGCUCAGAAGUGGAGCGAAAACGUUUCCAUCCUCCCACCCUUCACGUCUGUUGCCCGUCGUUCAUGGAAGCAUCGUGUUGAUGAAGAGAUCUGUCAUCAUGGUCGUCAUCAUGUUGAAAUGGUCUGACAAAGGCGGCACUUUAUGGGAGAGGACGGCCUUUUAUUCUGACGACAUGACAUCUGUGUGGAGACUUUCUGAUGAGCCGAACACGAACAUUACCAGAGUAUUGUGACGAUUUCGGUCAAUAUUUGUUACCAAAUUGUCUCCGUGGAUCAGACAAUCGAGAUGUUUUGCACAUAUAUUUACACAGGUGCUCUUAAAAGGAAUAAUAAUGGUACAAAGAACAGGCAUCGCUGGCCCUGUGCUUGGACCUCCCCCUCAACGUUGUACCCAAACCUAAAUAGUUUAAACGUAUGUGUUGUUACUGUUUCGCAUCCUAAGUUUCAGAUGUUACUUAUUUAUUCAGUUGAUUUUUGUGCGACUCCCACAGCCAUGUUGUCAUUUCGUCUCGGGGAGAAAGAAGUGCCCGGAAGUCAGAUUAUUUUUUUAGAUUUAUUCUUUACACCAAAGUAUAUUUUAUCUGUCUCGGUACACCCCGUUAGUGCUGACGCCAGGCUCUUCUUGAACAAAUGUUAAAGAAAAUAGAUUGGUACUGUUUGUAAAUGUCUUGUUUUAAGUUCAAACGAAAACAAUUUUUUUUAAAAAUGUUGCGACUUUUAGAAAGUUGAUGAUGUAAAAUCAUUCCUGUCGUGUAGUUUGUCAAGAUUUCACUCCUGUAGAAAUAAACUGAA